AUGGACGACCUCCGCGAGCAGAUAGAGCUCCUCGAGAGCAGCGCAAACCUCUCCACCAGCAUCGGCGAUGUGCAAAAGGCCAUUGAAAUGCUCACUGCGGCUCGCGAGAAGAUUGCAGCGGACCCAGCAAAGGCCUCCCUGACGCUCGCAAAGCUGCAGGACCCCUUCAAGAAGACGAUGGAAUCGGCGCAGAAAGACUUGAAGCCCAUUUACUCAGGCCUGAACAAGUAUGGUAAAGCGCUGGACAAGAAAUUCAAAGACAAGCCCCUCCCCAGCGCCGACAACGAUGCUCUGUCUUCACAUCCCUCCUUAAUCAACCGGGCCAUAGCUAUGCAUCUCCUUCGCGAAGGUCAGUUCGACGUAGCCUCCACCUUCGUCGAGGAGGCGCACCGACACCCGCCACACCCCGAGCCUACACUGAACACGCCGAACCCGCAGAGGACCGAUUCAUGGGAGCAGGACUUGGCAGAAGGGACGUUCAACUCGGAGAAUCUCCAGCGGCAGUUCGCAGAUAUGUACCACAUCUUGCAUGAGCUACGCAACGAGAGGAAUCUGGAGCCGGCGAUCCAGUGGGCGCGAGAACGCAGCGAUGUCCUCGAAGCGCGAGGCAGCAAUCUCGAGUUUGAACUCUGCCGCCUCCAAUUCGUAUGCCUCUUCGUCCAGAACCAAGACGAUUCCAUGGACGACACACCUGCCGGCCCUCUUCGCGCCUGGUCCUAUGCCCGACACGCUUUUGGCAUGUUCUCUCAACGCUACGCGCGAGAAAUCCAGCACCUCAUGGGCGCCAUGGCCUACUACGAGAAUGUGGAAGACUCACCAUACCAACGCUACUUUUACAACGACUCCGCCUGGGAAGAGGUGGCGCACUCCUUUAACCGCGAGUUUUGCUCUCUCCUCGGUCUCAGCGCAGACUCACCCCUGUUCAUUGCUGCAACAGCCGGUGCCAUUGCUCUGCCAUAUUUACUGAAGAUGCAGAGUAUCAUGAAGGAGAGGAGGGCGGAAUGGACAACGCAGAACGAACUACCCGUGGAGAUUCCGCUACCGAGCACAUACCAUUUCCACUCCAUCUUCGUUUGCCCGGUCAGCAAAGAGCAGACCACAGACGCAAACCCACCCAUGAUGAUGCCUUGCGGCCACGUCAUUGCCAGCGAGUCACUGGACAAGAUCUCUAAGGGUGCGCGCUUCAAGUGCCCCUACUGUCCAAACGAGAGCCAUCCACGAGAUGCCAAGAAAGUCGUGCUGUAG